CUCAGAGCCUGGUCGACGUCCAAGCAUGUCCAAGCAGGUUCAAGCAUGUUUUCAAAUUUGAAGUACUUAUGUACAGUAUUUCGACGGAGCCGUGUAACAAUCUAUCUGCCCUACGUUUUCGCCUACCGCUUCAAAACGGAAAAGAUCAGUCAGAAAUCUGUUGUGAUAUUUGUUCCCAGGUUUUAGUUUUUUUUCUCAGUGGUUUAUCGCAGGAGUGGGACAACUCCGACUCUUCACUUCCCAGAGCUUCCCAGAUGCGGUGGAUGGGACGUCAAAGAGCUCCUCUGUCAGGAUCUACAACACCAAAAGUUACAACGGCCGCUGAAAUUCUUUUCAUUACAAACGUUCAUCUGGCGUAUCCGGACCCACCCUUCAAUGCAGGCAAGUUAUGGUCAGUCGAAUGUCGCGAAGGCAAUGUGGUUAGAGUCGCUCCAUAUAUUGAGGGAGAAUACCUCCCGAUUUCUUUUGCCCGAUAUGAAAUCGAUGCAAGAGGCGGGAUCUUGCUUCCUUCUUUGUGUCACUCUCACAUCCAUCUUGACAAGUGCUUUAUCUUGGAUCGAUGUGAUUUGAUAUCUGGGGAUUUCAAAGAAGCAAUGAGCGUGACAGGAACUGCGAAAGCGAGGUUUCCUUUGGAAAAAGAGGACUUGUUGAGUCGUGGUCGGAAGCUCAUUCAUGAAAGUGUGGAUUGCGGGGUUACUUCGAUGCGCGCUCACGUCGAAAUAGAUGACCUAGUUGGCUUCUCUGGCUUGGAUGUAGCACUUCAUUUGAAAGAGGAAGCUCGAUUAGCUUGCCACAUCCAAAUCGCUGUUUUUGCGCAAGAAGCUUUGUUCUCAAGUGCAGAAGAUGCAGAACCAGGAUCCAAUUUCCAAUUACUAGCGGAAGCGGUUCAGCGAGAGGGUGUAGAGGCAGUCGGCUCCGCACCAUAUGUCGAGCCUACAAUCGAACAAGCCAAGAAGAAUAUCGAGUUAAUCUUCGAGCUCGCGUCUCAUACCUCUCUGACUCUUAUAGAUUUUCAUCUUGAUUAUAACCUCGAUCCUGAUUCUGAACCAUUGAUAUACGAGGUCAUCAAACAGGCUAGAAAGUACUGUCCUGCCUGGAAAUCUCAUGGCCCAGAAUUGUUCGGACGACACAUUACUAUCGGGCAUGCGACUCGCUUGCAGUUAUUCACGUCAAAAGAAUGGCGGCACCUCCAGGACGCCAUCGGGGACCUUCCCAUAACCUUUGUAGGACUGCCUAAUUCUGAUAUGUACAUGCAAGGGAGGUUGCAAGCUGGCCAGCCGCUUGGAGCUCCUCGUAGUACGUUGCGGGUGCCACACCUUUUCGACAAAUACGAUAUACAAAUCGCAAUGAGUGUUAACAAUGUCGAAAACGCAUUCACUCCUCAAGGAUCUGCAGAUCCUCUGGCUUUGUGUACCUUUGGUGCCGCGAUUUUCCAGGCUGCAACAAAAACAGACAUACAGACUUUAGCGAAAUCCGUCACAAUAACGUCCAAAGUCGCAAUAGGGCAAACAAAUGUUCCGCUUGAAUUAUACCCCCAGCGAGGAGAUAUCGCAGAUUUCGUUAUUCUUCAUGGAAUACAAACAUUGCGACAGGCAGUUUUAAAUCCACCUUACGAUCGUACCACCAUUCGAAAUGCUAUCGUCGUAGCCCAUCGUCGGACGAGGAGAUGGACAGCAAUUAAGGAAUCUCCUGUCUCUAAGAUAGUCAACCCGAUCUCCUGGUGGUGGUACUUACUUUUCCCUGUUUCUUGGCCCUUCCUCCUUCUGGAUAAUUGGGUUUCCGGACCACGUAAGUUUCUUAUAUCAUAGACAUGUUGAUUUCGUUUGUCCGUCCAUGUUCAUCUGCGCUCAUACUUAUUCAAGUGGACCUGAAAUGCGUCUCAGGAUGGAUAGGCAGAAAAUAACGAGAAGGUACAUGUACCUCUAGAUUCUUAUUGAAAACUUUACAUGUAAUUAAAGAACGACUGAGUACUGUAUAAGUACUGUGUUACACACAUAUCUGCGAU